UAAGAAUUGAACACAGCCACUCCCAACCAUGCCAUCAGCCCAGCUUAAUUUUGGCACCGGCAAGAGGCUGCGUUCACUCUGCCGUCUGCUUCUCCGGGUCGAGAAGAGAAGUUGGGAGGUGCCUGGUGAGUGGAAGGCAUAUUCCCAAGCCAAUAAGCCUGACCCCAAGAACCAGGCAGGGAGAAUGUCUCAUCUGAAAAAUAGGGCAGAGAAACAGAAGCGGCAGCGAGAGAGGAUGGAAUCCAUUGAAGCCAAGCUGGUGGCCGGCCAAAAGAAAGAGCUUCCAAGGGAAACCAGGGCCUUGGCUUUAAAAAAUGGAGUUCUGUACGACAUCCCCACUGUAGCUGGAGAAAAGAAAGAUACCUCGGGACCACUGCCUACCUCCUAUAGCCCACGCUACAUUGAAGCUGCUUGGUAUGGUUGGUGGUUGAAGGAGGGAUUUUUUAAGCCGGAAUACCAGCAACGGUUGCCCCAUCAGAAGCCUGAAGUGUUCUCCCUCUCCAUCCCCCCACCGAACAUCACGGGGUCCCUGCACUUGGGGCAUGCCUUGACUGUAGCUAUUGAAGAUGCUUUAGUACGGUGGAAGAGGAUGGAAGGCUGUAAAGUGUUAUGGGUUCCAGGUUCAGAUCAUGCUGGGAUUGCCACUCAGGCUGUGGUGGAGAGAAAAAUCUGGAAAGAACGGGGAGCCCUUCGCCAAGACCUGACACGAGAACAGUUCCUUCAGGAAGUCUGGAACUGGAAAGAAGAGAAAGGGAAUGAUAUACUCCAGCAGCUGAAGGUGAUGGGGGCUUCAUUAGACUGGGACAGAGCCUGUUUCACUAUGGAUUCUGACUUCUCCCAAGCCGUGAUGGAGGCCUUUGUGCGACUGUAUGAGGAGGGUCUUAUAUAUCGGGACAGGCAGCUGGUAAACUGGUCGUGUGCCUUGCGCUCCGCCAUUUCUGACAUUGAGGUGGAGAACAGGCAGCUUGAGGGACGGACGGAGCUCUCUGUUCCUGGGGUCCAGGGCAAAGUGCCAUUUGGAGUCUUGGUGACAUUUGCUUACAAAGUAGAAGGAGAGGAAGGCGAGGAACUUCCUGUGGCCACAACCCGCCCAGAGACCAUGUUGGGAGACGUGGCUGUCGCUGUUCACCCAGAUGAUCCCCGAUACACGCACCUGCAAGGCAAGAGGCUCUGCCAUCCGUUCACCGGCCAGCUCCUUCCUAUUAUUACUGAUCCCUCGGUGGAGCGGGACAUGGGCACAGGAGCGGUGAAGUUAACACCAGCACACAGCCAUAUCGACUAUGAACUGGGGCGGAGGCAUGGCCUUCCUGUGGUUUCCGUCAUUGCAGAGGACGGUACUAUGACAGCUGAGUGUGGGGAAUGGCUUCAGGGGCAAAACAGGUUCCUGGCCAGAGAGAAGGUGCUGGCUGCUUUGAAAGAGAGAGGCCUGUAUCGGGAUACGAAGGAACACCCCCUGGUUCUCCCACUGUGCAGCCGCUCUGGGGAUGUGAUUGAAAACCUCCUGAAGAGCCAGUGGUUUGUCCGAUGUGAAGCAAUGGCUCACAGGGCGUUGGAGGCUGUGGAGUCUGGACACUUGAAGCUCAUUCCAGAAUUUCAUGAGAAAAACUGGAGGACUUGGCUUUUAAAAACCAGUGACUGGUGUAUUUCCCGCCAGCUGUGGUGGGGCCAUCAAAUUCCAGCCUAUCGAGUCACCGUUUCAGAAUCACGUGAUACAGUGGAGGAGGAGGGUGAUGGAUUAUGGGUAGUGGGCAGGACGGAAGUGGAAGCUCGGCAAAAAGCAGCAGGCAUGCUGGGAAAAUCAGAAGAGGACCUGGAGCUUGUGAGAGAUGUGGAUGUUUUGGACACAUGGUUCUCGUCCGCUCUCUUUCCUUUUGCCACACUGGGGUGGCCUCGCCAGUCUGGAGACCUCCAGCAGUUCUAUCCCAACAGCCUCUUGGAGACAGGAAGUGACCUUCUGUUCUUCUGGGUAGCCCGAAUGGUGAUGCUGGGAGAACAGCUAACUGGAAAACUACCUUUCUCUCAGGUUUUCCUUCACCCAAUGGUCCGUGAUGCUCAUGGCAGGAAGAUGAGUAAAUCUCUUGGGAAUGUGAUUGACCCCUUGGAUGUAAUUCAUGGGGCCUCUUUGCAGGCUCUACAAGAGAAGCUUCAAAACAGCAACUUGGAUCCCAGGGAGGUGGCCAUUGCUAUAGAAGGCCAGCAGCACGAUUUCCCUGAAGGGAUCCCUGAAUGUGGCACCGACGCUCUCAGGUUCGCCCUCUGCUCUUAUUCCUCGCAAGGUGAUGGCAUUAACUUGGAUGUGGCUGCAGUGGAGAAUGCCAGUCGUUUCUGCAACAAGGUCUGGAAUGCCCUGAAAUUCACUUUGGCAGCCCUGGGAGAAGGGUUCACCCCACUGGCUCCAGAGGAGUUCUUCCCCAGCUCUCCCAUGGACCGGUGGAUCCUUAGCCGUCUCUAUCACACAGUGCAAGACUGCGCCCAGCGGUUUGAGAAAUAUGAGCUGCAUUUCGUCACCACCGCUGUCCAUCUUUUCUGGCUGCACGAUUUCUGCAGUGUCUACCUGGAGUCCAUAAAACCCACAUUAAGCUGUGGGGAUCCAGCUCGUCUCCUCGCCACCCGCCAGACCUUGUACAGUUGUGCAGACUUGGGCCUCCGCCUCCUGUCUCCAUUCAUGCCCUACCUGACCGAGGAGUUGUGGCAGCGGCUUCCCAAGGUGGACUCAACAUCCCCCCCUAGCAUCUGUGUGGCCAGGUACCCCAGCACGCAGCACCUGGCUCACUGGAGUCAUCCUGAGGAAGAGGCGAAUUUCCUGUUAGUACAGGAAGUCAUCAAAGCAGUGCGCAUUCUGAGGUCAAAACACCAGCUUACCAAAGCUCGACCAACAGUAUAUGUAGUUUGCCCAGAGUUGGCUGUUCGUGGCAUGUAUGAGAGCUACCAGGAGGCGUUGCAGAUUCUGUCUUUCGCUGGUUCUCUGAAGUUUUCCCUUGAUUCUGAGGGAGCAGAACCACCAUUGUGGUGUGUAGCCAUGAAGGCUAACAACCACACCGACAUCUAUGUGGAUCUUCAGGGACUUGUUGACCCCCAAAAGGAGCUCCUUAAACUGAGAUCUCAGCAACAGAAACUGGAGCGGCAGCUGGCAGGCCUCACCGUAAGAGUUGAAGGGGCCAGGUAUCAGGAGCAGGUCUCCCUGAAAGCCAAAUCGCAACUCCAGCAAAAGAUUUCCUUUCUACAUUCAGAGCUGGAGCAGAUAAAACAGGCCACAGAAACCUUUCAAAAGAUGGCUUCAAGAUGAGGAUCAUCUGCUGAUGGAACUGACUAACGGGCUCAGCACCAGGCAGCAUAUUUAUUACAGGACUCAGGAAGCUGAGAACUG